AUGGUCGCAGCAGUGGAAUUGUUCAUUAAUAAGACGGGCGCGGCGGAGGAGACGAAGAACUUUAUCCGACACCAAAUUUCGUCCAUCCUUAUGACUCACAAGCCGCGCGAAAUACUCACAAAGGUCGAACGCGAUGCACUAAGAGAACUCAAGGCCGACAAGGACAUCGUCAUUGUGCCCGCGGACAAGGGGAGUUCCACCGUCGUACUGGACAGAACAGACAACCCUCAAAAGGCCAAUAACCUACUGGAGGAGCACCAGUUCUAUGUCCCAUGUGAAACCAACUGCGUAAAAACGCUGACAAGCGAAAUUAAUGCGGCGUACAUUGAAAGCAUAAGUACUCGCUGCAACUGUUCACAAGGACUACGCUUCUACGAUUAG